CCCCAUUUUUUCUCAGAUCUGAUUUCUCUCACGGCCCCAUCUCCGAUUGUCAGAUUACAGACUCCAACAUCGAAUCAUUUCCUGCAACUCCGGCCACCGGCAGACGGCGGCGACACUCACAGAUCUGAAAUGAUGGAGCCAAAAGAGGCUGGGGGAUGGAUGUGGCGGUGUCGGAGAUGGCGGCGGCGGCGGCCGGUGACUGCCAAGACCCUGGAAGGAGGCAGCAGCAGAGAUGGUGGCGGCGGCGGCGUCCGGCGACUACAGAGACUGGCGGCGUUCGGCAACUGUGGAGAGCGGCAACUUUUUUCAACGGUGGAGACUGGCGGUGUCCAGUGACGACAGAGAUUGGCGGCGGCAACGUCCGGCGUCCGGCGACGGCAUCUAGUGGAGGCGUCUAGUGGCGGCGUCCAACGGUGGUUAGGGCGGUUGGCGGUGCAAGUACUGCCCUUGAGUGAUGCCCGCAGCAAAUGUGAUUGGGGAAGGAAAACUAAAUUGUUGACUUGUUGUGUAAUGCAUUAAUUAGUUUAUUAUUCUAUUUUAUAUUUUUAUUACUAAAUAAGUUGGAGUACUCAUUAAGGGCAUUUUUGUCCCUUACUAUUAAUUUCGGUAUAGCAAACUACAAUGUUAGAUAGGAAUCCUAUUUUUGUCUCUUAU